GAGACGAAGAAGGAGGAGUAAGAGAGGGGGAAAGAAAGAGGAAAAGAGUGCGAGGGAGUGAGGAAAAUAAACAAAAAAUGUCCUCUUCCUCCCCCACCGGGCAGAUUGCAAGUGCGGCGGACAUCAAGCAGGAGAAUGGGAUGGAAAGCGCCUCGGAAGGGCAGGAGGCGCCCCGAGAAGUGGCGGGGGGCGCGGCGGCGGGGCUGAGCCCGCCGGCCCCAGCCCCGUUCCCCCUGGAGCCGGGGGACGCGGCGGCCGCGGCCGCCAGGGUGAGCGCAGAGGAAGGGGCCGCGCCGGCGGAGCGGGCGCAACUGCGCGCGGAACUUCUGGGCAGGCACCAGCUCGGCGCGGCCGGCGCCGCGCAGCCCCCGCUGGCCUUCUCGCCGGACCACGUCGCCUGCGUGUGCGAGGCGCUGCAGCAGGGGGGCAACCUGGACCGCCUGGCCCGGUUCCUGUGGUCCCUGCCCCAGAGCGACCUGCUACGUGGCAACGAGAGCCUGCUGAAGGCGCGGGCGCUGGUGGCCUUCCACCAGGGCAUCUACCCCGAGCUCUACAGCAUCCUCGAGAGCCACAGCUUCGAGUCGGCCAACCACCCGCUGCUGCAGCAGCUCUGGUACAAGGCGCGCUACACCGAGGCCGAGCGGGCGCGCGGGCGGCCGCUGGGCGCCGUGGACAAGUACCGGCUGCGCAGGAAAUUCCCCCUGCCCCGCACCAUCUGGGACGGCGAGGAGACGGUGUAUUGUUUCAAGGAGAAGUCGCGCAACGCGCUCAAGGAGCUCUACAAGCAGAAUCGCUACCCUUCGCCCGCCGAGAAGCGGCACCUGGCCAAGAUCACCGGCCUCUCCCUCACCCAGGUCAGCAACUGGUUCAAGAACCGCCGGCAGCGCGAUCGGAACCCCUCGGAGACCCAGUCCAAGAGUGAGUCCGAUGGCAAUCCCAGCACUGAAGAUGAAUCAAGCAAGGGACAUGAGGAUUUGUCUCCACAUCCACUCUCUGGUUCAUCUGAUGGUGUCACCAACCUCAGCCUUUCUAGUCAUGUGGAGCCAGUAUAUAUGCAACAAAUUGGAAAUGCUAAGAUAUCAUUAAGCUCUUCUGGAGUUUUGUUGAAUGGAAACUUGGUACCUGCAAGUACUUCACCUGUCUUCCUUAAUGGUAAUUCUUUUAUUCAGGGACCCAAUGGAGUUAUCCUUAAUGGAUUAAAUGUGGGAAAUACACAGACAGUGUCACUGAACCCACCAAAAGUGGCAUCAAACAUUGUAAGCAAUGGUAUAUCCAUGACCGAUAUACUGGGGUCUACCUCCCAGGAUGUGAAGGAAUUCAAAGUCCUCCAGAGUUCUUCAACUAACUCGGCAGCCACCACCUCCUACAGCCCCAGUGCCCCUGUGUCAUUUCCAGGGCUGAUCCCCAGCACUGAGGUGAAAAGAGAAGGCAUUCAAACAGUAGCUUCCCAGGAUGGUGGCUCUAUAGUGACUUUUACUACACCCGUGCAAAUUAACCAGUAUGGCAUUGUCCAGAUCCCCAAUUCCGGAGCAAACGGCCAGUUUCUUAAUGGGAGCAUUGGAUUCUCUCCACUGCAGCUGCCUCCUUCUUCAGUGGCAGCUUCACAAGGUAAUAUUUCAGUAAAUUCAAGCACUUCAGAUGGGAGCACAUUUACAAGUGAGUCUGCCGCAGUCCAGCAAGGAAAGGUUUUCUUGAGCUCUCUUGCUCCCAGUGCAGUGGUUUACACUGUUCCUAAUUCAGGCCAGACUAUAGGAUCUGUUAAACAAGAGGGCUUGGAGAGGAGCCUUGUAUUUUCUCAGUUGAUGUCUGUCAACCAGAAUGCACAAGUAAAUGCAAACCUGUCUUCUGAAAAUAUCUCGGGGAGUGGCCUCCAUCCACUGGCCUCCCCAUUAGUUAACGUAUCCCCAACUCACAAUUUUUCCCUAACUCCCCCUAGCCUACUAAAUCCCACAGAGCUAAAUCCUGACAUUGCUGAUAACCAGCCAAUGUCUGCACCUGUGGCAAGCAAAUCUACUGUGACAUCUGUCAGCAAUACUAACUAUGCAACUCUUCAGAACUGCUCCCUUAUUACUGGUCAAGAUCUCUUAUCAGUCCCCAUGACCCAGGCUGCCCUUGGGGAGAUAGUUCCAACAGCUGAAGACCAAGUGGGUCACCCUUCCCCAACAGUCCACCAGGAUUUCGUCAGAGAACAUCGUUUGGUUCUACAAUCAGUAGCUAACAUAAAAGAGAAUUUCUUAACAAAUUCUGAGGGCAAAGCAGCAAGCAACUUAAUGAUGCUGGACUCCAAAUCCAAAUAUGUUCUAGAGGGCAUGGUAGAGACUGUCUGUGAAGACCUAGAAACGGACAAAAAAGAGCUUGCCAAGCUCCAAACUGUCCAAUUGGAUGAAGAUAUGCAAGACUUGUGAACUUCAUUUCUCUCCCACCCACCCCCUUUUUUUCCUUGGCAAUAGGGGGCAAACCUUUUCACAAAGCCCUCAGGACAUAAAGCAUUUUCCCAUUUGAAGAGAAAUGCUAGUUUUGCAAGUAAAUGCAUUCAAGAGACUGGAUUGAUCUACAUGAAGAUCACAGUUAAAUAUACAGAAAUAGAACUGCAGUACUGCAGCUUUGUCCACAUAAUGUUCUCUUUUAAAUAGAUAGAGACAAAGGAACAAGUUGAAAUGCAUCAAGUCAAAGUAUAUCAUUUUGUUAACAUAAUUUUAAGGUCAAAUGGGAAUUGAUAAAUAAUUUUUUAAUUAAAAAUUAUACACCUACCAAAAACUUAAAUGUUGCUAGAGAGCAUUAGAAACAAUAUGAUUCUUUUUGUUUACUUUUACUCCAUGGGCAUUGAUAAGAUUAAGAAACGUAAAUGGUACUCCACACUAUAUUCUAAGGGUAUAUUUUUGAAUAUAUGCUUUUCUGUUUUUCAGCAUUUUUGUGAAAGUCUUGGUUUGUCUCUAUACAUUUCCAGAUGUGGUUGCUAAUAGUUCAGUGUGGCUGAGAAAGUUUGCAACUCCACUAAAAACUCUGAAACAACAGUAUGAGUGUAAAUAUAUUAGUCCUAUGAGCAAGGAUUUGAGUAAUUACAGUGAAUUUUAUUUAUGCUGUAUAUGUUUCUCUUAUACUUCAGACACUAUGAACUGAAAAGAAAAAUGUUUUCUUACUGUUUAAUUUAUUUUUAUUGUUUGAACAGGAAGUGAACAUAGUUAUUUCCAACAAAGUUUUACUUUUUGUAGGAUUUUGAAAGUAAUGAUUUUUAUCAGGAGUCUAUUAAGGUCCAUAUUAAUAACACUGAAAUAGGAAACCUAACUCCCAAUAUUGGAAUUUUGGUACUUUUUUUCACAUCCUUGUUCUUUAUUUAGCCACUCUGAUUCAUUUAAGUAUGUUUUCUAUAGAAUUCUAUGUGCCUUUUUACCUUGUGGCCUUUUUAUUGUUCUUACUAAGGUACAGAGUAUCAGCAAAAGCACUGAUGGCUCUUUUCUACUCUCUAACAGGGUUAAUUUUACCAUGAAAUUGCUUUAAAUCUGAAGAACUUAAGUUUCACUUGUAUUUUUAUGUAUGUUUAUGAUACAAAUGGAUGAGCAACUGAUUAUUGAUGCAUUCACUACAAUGAAAAUAACAAUUAUAGACUACCAUGUAAAAUCAACUCUGUAGUCUCUGACAACUAUUUAAAGCGAAGAAUAUGUAAAUUCUAUCGAGCAAAAUGCUCUCCUGUUGAAACUUAGGUCUCAAUGUUUUAAUUAGUUGUUACAUGAUGACAUAUAACUGUUGUUUGCACUAUAUUAUCAUGUCUUGGAAAUCUUUUGGGUUUCUGUAAGAAGCUUGUUUGAUGAUGUUGUAAGCUGUGGUUAUAGAUUUUAUCAGGACUCUGAACACAAGAUGUAAUAAUGCAAGUACAUUUAUGUAGUGAGUAAAGAAAGCAAGAAAAAUGAGAAAAUGAUCUUUUCCGAGAUAACUUAAAGUUGAACAUAAAGAAGUCACCAUGCCUUGCUUUCUUUAGGAUCAGAACAAGGGUCCACUCUAGAUGCCCAUCAGCCUGUUGAACAUGGGCCGCAGAGGAUUUCACUUUUGUUGUUACUGCAGAUGGAACUUGCAGGCAUAGCUGAAGAGCCCUAUGAAGAAUUCUUCUCCCAUCAUUUUGAUAAAGAACUUAGAUCCCAUUUUUAUCAAAUUAGUGAAUGUUUCUAAACUGCUGAAACUAGCGUUCUUUGUUUUGUUUUUUUUACAAAAUCAGUUGUUUAGAGUUCCUUCCACUCCACUGCUUCUUAUACAUCUUUUCCCUCCUUCAGGUGUGCUGAUUAUGUUACUGAGAAUAAUUACAUGGUUGUAUAGUGUAGUUUACAUGAAAAUGAUGUUUUCCACUUGAUUGCUGCAGAUAUCAAGGUUUGUUAGUUAUUUUAAAAUAACCCAUCUAAUAUGGGAAAUGGAAAGGAUUAAAAAGUUAUAUAUGUUAUAUAUAUAACUAGAAAAGUUUUAUAUGUCUUCCAAAAAUAUAAAAAGCCUCUGUUCUAUUCAGAGUUCUUCUUUUUUUCCUUUAAGAAAAAGAUAGCACAAAACUUAAGACUUGCCUAGGAAAUCCAUUCAUACUCAAUGUGAUGUAAUUAUACCCCUAUAAUUACUCCAGGUAGCUACACAAUAUACCAGGUAAGAAUCAAUGCACAUUAUAAAGAACUUAUUGUUCUUUACUAUUCUUUCAGUAAAUAAUAAGGGCCAGUUGGUAUGUAGCCCAUAUAUAUGUGAAUGAAAUAAGAUAAACCCCAUGAUCUCCUUGCACAGAAUUGCAAAUGUUUCUUUUUUGCAAUACCAAGGGCCAGACUCAGAACCCUUAGAGUUCAUGUGGCAGAAUUUCUCUCUUACAUAAACCAAUGCUUGAAGAUGCUGCAAAUGACCCUGUAAUGAUUCCCCAAAGGGGAAUGGAAAUAGGGGUUAAGUAACUCUCCCUGCAAACCCCAAUGCCUGCUGCUGGCUGUGGAAAUUUUGGUGUGAGCCUAUCUAUGCACUCUAUCAGCCAGAAUUUGGCAUUUAGCUCUUAGUUACAUCUCGUAAAGGACAGUCUGUCAUUUAAAGAAGGUGCAUUUGUUCCUCAAUCAAGCAAGAGCACCUGUGUUGUACUGUUUUAUAUCUCAUGUAUAUUUAUAGUAAUAAAAAGACUGAAAUGUACACGUUUUUGUGCCUUUCUUGUGUUACGAAAGGCAGGUAGACUUUAUAGCCAUAGAUAAAAAUCCAUAGUUAAGUUGCACACUGACCUUAAAUCUCCUUGUAUAUGCCCUUGCAUCUUGCAUGUUUUUUAACAUGGCUUACUGGGCAUGUGUUGCAGCUGCCCUGCUACAUGUUAGACAAGUGUGCGUUAAGACAUAGUCAAAGGUUAUUCAUUCUUUAAGAUGUUUUUGACAAGUCAUCUCAUGGUAAAGAUACAGGUAAUUCAGGAAAACUGGGGAAAAGAAGUACAUUUUGCAAAUAUGUUUCAGUCUUCCUAGAACUUAGCUGAUAGAGCCUAAUGGUUACUUUGUAUCUAAAUGAUACAGUUCAUGUUAAUUUAAUGUUACCACCACACAUUUUAUUAACCAAAAUUAUAUAGCAUGUGACUUUUGGCUUUUCAGGGUUCUCAAAUUUUUUUAUUCUUUUGUUGCAUGUACUGUAUGUUUAAAAGGCAACCAGUUAUAUACUCAUUAUGGUUUUACUGUGCCUUACAUAAAGAAGAAAUCUAUACAGAAUGUAUGUCAUGGGGUGGGGUAACAGAGUCUUUACUGCACUGUUAGGUGAUGGCACACAGAGCAUGUCCCAGAACAUUUCUGUGCUUAAAUUACCCAACCAAAGAGAUCUAAAGUAUGUAUGUUGUACUGUAAUAGGGGUUUAUGCCUGGACAAUUAAGUGUUUUAUUUGUUUUCUGAAAUGAUGUGAACUUAUUUUU